AUGUGCGCGGGCGACGCAGAUUGGGAAUGUGCGCCGGCGACGCAGAUCGGCAAUGUGCGCCGGCGACGCAGAUCGGCAAUGUGCGCGGGCGACGCAGAUUGGGAAUGUGCGCCGGCGACGCAGAUUGGGAAUGUGCGCCGGCGACGCAGAUUGGGAAUGUGCGCGUGCGCGCUGAUUGGGAAUGUGCGCGGGCGACGCAGAUUGGGGAUGUGCGCCGGCGACGCAGAUUGGGAAUGUGCGCCGGCGACGCAGAUUGGGAAUGUGCGCUUACGCGCUGAUUGGGAAUGUGCGCCGGCGACGCAGAUUGGGAAUGUGCGCUUACGCGCUGAUUGGGAAUGUGCGCGGGCGACGCAGAUUGGGAAUGUGCGCCGGCGACGCAGAUUGGGAAUGUGCGCCGGCGACGCAGAUUGGGAAUGUGCGCCGGCGACGCAGAUUGGGAAUGUGCGCUUACGCGCAGAUUGGGAAUGUGCGCGGGCGACGCAGAUUGGGAAUGUGCGCCGGCGACGCAGAUUGGGAAUGUGCGCGGGCGACGCAGAUUGGGAAUGUGCGCCGGCGACGCAGAUUGGGAAUGUGCGCUUACGCGCAGAUUGGGAAUGUGCGCACGCGCUGAUUGGGAAUGUGCGCACGCGCAGAUUGGGAAUGUGCGCGGGCGACGCAGAUUGGGAAUGUGCGCCGGCGACGCAGAUUGGGAAUGUGCGCCGGCGACGCAGA